GCUCCAACCCGGACAGUCCCAGCCACUCUCUCGUUCUCCUCAGUCAGGCAGAGCAGCCAGAGACGACCUCCAUGGCCACCGUGGGCUCGAUUGCGACCUUCUCGAUCACUUCUUCGUCUUCUUCUUUCUUCUCCCAUUUACCUACCUACAUUCCAUCUCAGUUCUCCUUUAAUCGUCCGAAGCCAAAGUGUCCGCUGUCGACAAGUAGGGCUGCCAUAUACACAGCCCUCACACCCACUACUAUGCUGGAAACAUCUUCUUCUGGUAUCGUUCUUGUAGACAAGUCGGAUUCCGACAAGGUGAACCGCCUCAAAUCGAUUUUCUUUGAUAAGGUAGUUCCAAUUCUUAAAGAGGAGUUCGGUUACAAGAACAUCCACGAGGUGCCUAGGAUAGAGAAGAUAACAGUGAAUUGUGGAAUCGGAGACGCCGAACAGAACUCAAAAGGUUUGGAGGCUACAAUAAAGGAUCUUUCAUUGAUAACGGGACAGAGGCCGGUGAAAACGAGGGCGAAGAAAUCGAUCGCCAGCUUCAAACUUAGGGAAGGGGCCACGGUCGGAAUUGCUGUUACCCUUCGGGGAAAUGUGAUGUAUUCUUUUCUGGACCGUUUGAUCAACUUGGCGCUCCCCAGGACCAGGGAUUUCCAAGGACUUAACCCAAAUAGUUUCGAUGGGCACGGGAACUACAGCAUAGGAAUGCGUGACCAGAGCGUCUUCCCCGAGAUCAGAUACGAAGCCCUCGGAAAGACAAGAGGCAUGGAUGUAUGCAUCAGCACAUCAGCAAGUGCAGAUAAGGAGGCCCAGAGACUGCUGGCUCUCCUUGGCAUGCCUUUUAAAGCUGGUGCAGGACCUGCAGUUCUCAUGCCAAGGAAGAGAAAGAAAGCCCACCAUUUUGACUCAAAGAUCAAGGAUAAAAAAUGAAGAAAACAAGGAAUACCAAAGUGAACCAUUUCCCAUGGAUUUGAUCAAACUUGGCUUUUUAGAAUUGUUAAAAAUCUUUUGCUUCAAAUACUUGGAUUUUGAUGGAUCUGUGAGAACUGCUUUCCUCCAAUUUAUAUAUGAAGUGCUCCGUAUACCUGAUGGAUCUGCAUAUCAGACUUUUUGUAGAUAUAUUUGCCAAACUUGCUAAAAAGAAAGUGGGCUAA